CCUCCAUUAAUUAAUUAAUCACCAAAUUAAAAUUCUGUUUAGAUUCAUCACUCUCGCAUGAUCGAUUUUUUCUGUUCUGGAGUACGUCGACUUCUACAAGCGACGUACACAGCUAAAUAGAUCCGCUGUUUCACAAUAUAUUUAACGUAACAAAUAUAUAUAUUAUAUUAUCGAAUAUCGAUCACCAGAUUUAUUAUAUAAUUAGAACUUAAUUACUAGUAUUAUAUACUACAUUACUACGGAGUAUUUAUUAUAUAUAUUUCCGGCACCGAUCAGAUCGAUCGAUAUAUCAGCCGGCCGGCCGGAAAGUUGUGGAGAAAUACGACGACAUAUAUAUAAUGGGUACGGAAGUGGCGGCUGAUAUAGAGGCAGCCACCGCUCAAGUCAAUGGCGACGACUCUACCAUCUUCAAGAAACCCACCCGUCCAGUUACUUUGAAGUUUGAAGACGUGGUUUACAAGAUCAAGCCGAGCAAGAAAGAAGGUUUGUCGUUACUGAUGAAAACAAGGAAACAGAAAGCUCAAGCCGAGAAAACGAUCCUGAAGGGGGUGACGGGUGUGGUGUUUCCCGGGGAGAUGCUCGCGAUGUUGGGACCUUCAGGGUCCGGGAAAACAACCCUCCUGACUGCACUAGGCGGGCGGCUCGAUGACAACGGUCGUCAUCAGCUCACCGGAAAAAUAACCUAUAACGGCAAACCGUUUUCAAAUGCCAUGAAACGCAACACUGGUUUCGUCCCUCAGCAUGAAAUCAUGUACCCUCAACUCACCGUCACGGAAACCCUAGUUUUUUCGGCCCUCCUCCGUUUGCCAAGAAGUCUAACGAAGUCAGAAAAGGUCACACAGGCGGAGGCGGUGAUCGCUCAGCUCGGGCUGAGCAAGUGCAAGAACAGCCUGGUCGGCGGUGCUUGGAUGAGAGGGGUUUCCGGGGGAGAAAGAAAGAGGGUUAGUAUUGGACAAGAAAUGCUCAUAAACCCGAGCCUGCUUUUGCUGGACGAGCCGACGUCGGGGCUGGACUCGACGACGGCUCAGCGGAUCGUGUCGAGGAUGUGGGAACUGAGUCAGGACGGCGGGAGGACGGUGGUGAUGACCAUCCACCAGCCGUCGAGCAGGCUGUUUUAUAUGUUCGACAAAGUGCUUUUGUUGUGCGAAGGAAGUCCGUUGUAUUUUGGGAGAGGGUCGGAGGUUAUGAACUAUUUCUCCAGCAUUGGGUUCUCUCCUUCUGUCGCCAUGAAUCCUUCCGACUUCCUGUUGGAUCUCGCCAACGGUGUUCCGGGCGACGAUUCACGUGGAAAUCAAGCAGCAGUAAAGGAGAUUUUGGUUUCCUCUUUCAAAACAAAUCUGCUAGAAACGGUGAAAGAGGAACUGCGGGAAACAAAAACAGAGGAUGAUGUUUCGGCGAAUUCCGCCGGCGAAGAGAAGCAUUACAAAGGAUGGUCAAUAAGUUGGUGGGAGCAAUUCACAGUGCUGUUGAACAGGGGUUUGAAACAGCGCAAGUCCGACUCCUUCUCCGGUCUAAAAGUCGGCCAGAUUUUGGCCGUAGCCUUUCUCACUGGUGCUUUGUGGUGGAAAUCCGUCGACUUGCAAGAUCAGAUUGGGUUGUUAUUUUUCUGUUCAUCAUUCUGGGGAUUCUUCCCACUGUUCCAAGCAAUUUUCACAUUCCCAGCAGAGAAGAAAAUGCUUAAAAAGGAAAGAUCAUCAGGAAUGUAUAGGCUCUCGUCAUUCUUCAUGGCAAGAACCGCUGGCGACCUUCCCAUGGAGCUCGUCCUUCCAACCGUCUUCAUGCUAAUAACAUACUGGAUGGCAGGUCUAAAACCAACCCCCGGCCACUUCUUCUCCACCCUACUCGUCAUCCUACUCUGUGUACUGGUCUGUCAAAGUCUCGGUCUAGCCAUUGGUGCAAUCGUUAUGGAUCAGAAGUCCGCGACGACUCUCGGGUCGGUCAUCAUGUUAUCUUUCCUUCUCGCUGGGGGGUUUUAUGUCAGGCAUGUCCCCAAGUUCAUAGGAUGGAUAAAGUAUGUAUCCAUUGGGCAGUAUACGUAUAAGCUUUUGUUGGAGACACAGUUUAAGCCGGAAGAGACUUAUCUUUGCCCCUCCGCAGCGGCGGGAGGGGGAGGAGGGAUGGUUUGUUUGGUUAAGGAUCAUCCUUCUAUUGAGAGAGCUGAGCUUGGGAAACAUGUCACCCUUUCUGUUGUUGCAUUGCUCAUCAUGCUUGUGGGUUACAGGCUGAUUGCAUAUGUAGCCUUAAUGAGAGUGGGAAGAACCAAGUAGUUGUUAAAUAAGUAGCUUAUAUUUGGUAGUUCUUGGCUUGUUAGUAGAUGCAUUUUCUGAAAACCUGUAUUGAAUAAGUUUAUUGCUAGGUAAUUAAUCACCUUAUCAUUUGUUAAACUCUCAUUUGUUAUGAUCAUAUUAUCUUGAUGUAGACAUUAUAUUAUCUUGAUGUAUACAUUAUACGAAGUAUAUUAAAGCGCGAAAUA